CAUGGGGUUUUGCAUCUGCAUACACCGGUAGGUCUGUCGGCCUGGGUCUACGGCGCGUCGCGGCGGAGAGGGUUUACCUGCGUCGGAACGGGAUAGAGCUUCCAAGCUAUUACGGCGUCUGCAUUUCGCCCUAAUUUAUUGAUAGUUAAGCACGAUGACUCCUGUCUCAUCUAAGCUUCAUACAGAUGAUGUGAGUCUGUUAAUGGUGUCAAUCGACACCAACCCGUUCUUUUGGAACUCUAUGAAAUCCGCUCUUCCAUUCUCGAGGUUUCUGUCCCAUGUGCUGGCCUUUCUGAAUUCAAUUCUUUUGCUGAACCAACUAAACCAAGUGGUUGUAAUAGCAACAGGUUACAAUUCCUGUGGCUACAUAUUUGAUUCCUCAACCUCACAGAUACAAGAUCAACGUGCCGAGAAUUUGCUGCAGAAAUUGGAGGAGUUUGUAGAGAAGGAUGAGGCUCAAUGUCGGGAGGAUUCGGUUGAUGGUCCUGGGUUCUCUCUGCUUUCUGGCUCCCUCUCAAUGGCUCUGUGUUAUAUUCAGAGAGUGUUUCGGUCAGGGCCACUUCACCCACAGCCUAGGAUAUUGUGCUUACAUGGAUCUCCAGAUGGACCUGGACAAUAUGUUGCCGUCAUGAAUUCGAUUUUUUCUGCUCAGCGCUCAAUGGUUCCUAUAGAUUCAUGUGUAAUAGGAGCUCAGCACUCUGCCUUCCUGCAGCAGGCUUCGUAUAUAACUGGGGGUGUUUAUCUGAAGCCUCAAUUGUUGGAUGGACUAUUUCAGUAUCUUUUGACAGUUUUUGCUACUGAUUUAUAUUCUCGUGGCUUUUUACAACUUCCUCGACCUGCUGGAGUAGACUUUCGGGCCUCGUGCUUUUGCCACAAGAACACAAUCGAUAUGGGCUACAUAUGUUCUGUUUGUUUAUCCAUUUUCUGCAAGCAUCAGAAGAAAUGCACUACCUGUGGAUCGGUUUUUGGCGAGGCUCAAGUGCAGGACUCGUCGACGACAGCCGAGCGCAAGCGGAAAGCUCCAUAAGUUGUUUAGAUCUUAGUUCAGAUUACAGAAUCACAUGGAGGUAAUUCUUGUAUUGUGCUUUUAUAUGUUAUACUGCAACUCUAAUGGGUUUAAUCUAAUUUUUUUGAAUGUUCUUUGUUC